GUUCAGUUCAUAGUGUUGCUCGGGUCUGCUUGGUGGUUCGUCAUCAUUGUCAUAUCAUCAACUUCACAUAAGCUUAUUUGGAAGGUGUAAAAGCCAUCCUUCAGUUGUACACAAAUUUUAACCCCGCGCGGAACUUUUUGCUGUGCCGAGUCUAUUACCCGUGACGUGUCGGUUUGUCGUGCCAAGGAAGUGAGAGGAAAAGUAACCUUGCUGUGGGUUGCAAUAAGAUUCCGAAAAUUUCCAGCGUUUGCUUUCUGCUGUUACCGACGCCCAUGUGCAAGAUUCGGUGGUGACCUUUCGCCGAAUGAAAAAAAAGUAGAUUGCUCUGAUUCGUGGCAUUGAUUCGAUUUAUUGCGGUGAUAGUUGCGGAUCGCACGGAGUCGUGAAGCGGAAGGGUCCUUUGUGGUUGUCUACCAUCGCGGCAGAAGUGCCUGGUGUGAAAUAAUUCAACUACCGAUCUCUGAGAUCUCCGGGGGCGGUCAGUAGAAUUGCACUGUGACUCAUCUCACUUUGGAGUAUUAGUUCCGGCUUCUCGAAAAAGUCAAUAGACGAAGUAAUAUGCUGAUCAAGGAGUUCCGGGUAACGCUACCACUGACAGUUGAGGAGUAUCAAGUGGCACAACUUUACUCAGUGGCAGAGGUUUCGAAAAAUGAAACCGGUGGUGGAGAAGGGAUAGAGGUGCUUAAAAAUGAACCCUUCACAAAUUAUCCACUGUUAGGAGGAAAAUACUCUUCCGGCCAAUACACCUACAAAAUUUACCACCUUGCAUCAAAGGUACCGGCAUUCAUCCGGUUACUGGCACCCAAAGGAUCUCUGGAAGUGCACGAGGAGGCUUGGAAUGCAUAUCCCUACUGCCGGACAGUUAUAACCAAUCCGGGAUAUAUGAAAGAAAAUUUCAUCAUUUGUAUCGAAUCAUUACACGUCGCUGACGUGGGCGAUCAAAACAAUGCCCACGAGCUGCCGGCAGAAAAGUUGAAACAGCGUGAAGUGAUACACAUUGACAUUGCCAACGAUCCAGUGACUCCCGCUGACUACAAAGAGAGUGAAGACCCUACCAAAUUCAAAUCAGUGAAAACUGGCCGAGGACCGCUGGUCGGUCCUGACUGGAAGAAGAAUGUCCAGCCGGUCAUGACUUGUUAUAAGCUGGUGACUUGCGAGUUUAAGUGGUUUGGGCUGCAAUCUAGAAUAGAGAACUUCAUCCAAAAAUCGGAACGACGGCUGUUCACGAUAUUCCAUCGACAAGUAUUCUGCUGGAUGGACAGCUGGCACGGUCUGACCAUGGAGGAUAUCCGUCAGCUGGAGGAUAAAACCAAAGAAGAGUUGGACAAACAGCGCCACGUUGGUGAGGUGCGUGGCAUGCGAGCCGAGUCGGAUUAAAUAGAACGGAGCAGCGAAUAUAAUGGUAUUUGGGUAUCAUAUAAUGUGCAGUGCUUGGUUUGAGAUGGAAUGGAUAUCGGAUGGACGGCAUUGACACACACUCUAUUGAUUAAAGAGCUACAAAGCAGAAGGAUAGUAAUUAGCAAAUAGAUGAAAGUAACCGAUAUUAAACAAACAAAAAAUAAUGCAGCUCUGAAAACACGAACAGAUACACCUACAUAUAAAACACAGAAACACACGCGAGUACACGGACACAGAUAGCUACCAUUAGUGACCACCAAGACGUAGAAGCCGAGCGGGAAGUUCAAUGCAAAUGCAUGGAGAUGUAUUUAUGAAUAAGAAAGUAAACAGCACUUAACAAGUAGUGGGAAUGGACGCUAUACAUUAAACUAUUAAGUUCUGCUGGUGGAGAAACAAAAAAAAACUGAGUAUACUUCAAUUUCAUAAGAGCAUAUAUCCAGUUUAUUCCUUAUUUAUGAAAAGAACACUAAUCAAGAUAAUUGAAAACGAAUAUAGUCCAAACUGGGUUUAGUCAAUUUUUGUUUUUAACAACGACGUUAAGUUAAAUCAAUCGUGCGCCAAUAACAUUGUCCCUCGUGUUUUUAUUUUAAAGUUUAGUUCCAGAGACACAUAAGUCCUAAUCAGUUUUACGUUACGUGAGAGAAGAUGAAUAUUUAAAUAAUUUACAAACAAAUGUCCAGUAGAGCAUCGUGUCUGAGUGCGUGUGCAUGAGAUGAUAACAGUAAGAGUGUGCGAUCUAUAAUAAUCCGAUCGUUGAUAUUUCAACGUUUGCGAGGCAGAUUCAGUUCUAGUAGGCAAAGUUAACUAAGCUGAAGUAAGUAAACACAAGUCCUUUCCAUUGAAAAUACAAUAAUUCAUACGAAUCAUGAAGCAGAAGGAGACAUGCGGAAACGAUGAAACAAACAUGAGUACAACACAACUCUUUGAAGUUUUGUCGUUUUCUCCCGUUUCCUUCCGAACAAAUGGUUCAAUCCCGGAGAACUAAUCAAUAUGACAAAGAAUUCAAAGCAAAACAUACUAUUCUAUAAACUAGGUUUUGUUGAGAUAACCUUGGUAAAUGUUAUGAAAUUAAAAUUGGAAAUCAAGGAAAA